CGGAAGCAGUUCUUUGGCCCUAUGACACGUAGCAACGGGGGCAGUUCAGGGUCUGCAACUGAGUUUGGGAUAUCUGGAACUGCUGGAGCUGCUGCCGCUGCCACAGCCGCUGUUGAUCAUUUGCAAUGUCAGGCUUUGAUAACUUCAACACGGAUUUUUACCAGACAAGUUAUAGCAUCGAUGACCAGUCACAACAGUCCUAUGAUUAUGGAGGAAGUGGAGGACCCUAUAGCAAGCAGUAUGGUGGCUAUGACUACGCACAGCAAGGCCGAUUUGUCCCUCCAGACAUGAUGCAGCCACAGCAGCCAUACACUGGGCAGAUUUUCCAGCCAACUCAGGCAUAUACUCCCACCACACCUCAGUCUUUCUAUGGAAACAGCUUUGAGGAUGAGCCACCUUUAUUAGAAGAAUUAGGUAUCAAUUUUGACCACAUCUGGCAAAAAACACUCACAGUGUUACAUCCAUUAAAAGUAGCAGACGGCAGCAUCAUGAAUGAGACUGAUUUGGCAGGACCAAUGGUUUUUUGUCUUGCCUUUGGAGCCACAUUGUUAUUGGCUGGCAAAAUCCAGUUUGGCUAUGUAUAUGGAAUCAGUGCAAUUGGAUGUCUAGGAAUGUUUUGUUUAUUAAAUUUAAUGAGCAUGACAGGUGUUUCAUUUGGUUGUGUGGCAAGUGUCCUUGGAUAUUGUCUUCUUCCCAUGAUUCUACUUUCCAGCUUUGCAGUGGUAUUUUCUUUGCAAGGAUUGGUAGGAAUCAUUCUCACUGCUGGAAUUAUUGGAUGGUGUAGUUUUUCUGCUUCCAAAAUUUUUAUUUCUGCAUUAGCCAUGGAAGGACAGCAACUUCUAGUAGCAUAUCCUUGUGCUUUGUUAUAUGGAGUCUUUGCCCUAAUUUCUGUCUUUUGAACUGAAUUUAUCUGGAAUGUGGACAUCAGUGGGCAAUAUGCACAAAAAGGACCUUUAACUCUUAAAUUGGACCAGCAAACUGCUACAGCACCAUUCUUGUGCCAGUUUAAUGUUUGACCAUUGGAGCAAUGGAAGUAAAUAUGUAUGUUUUGUUCAUUUUUAUAGAACUUUUGAAUACUAUAUUGGGUUUACCUGCAAGUGUGACUAGCUUUAAGUGUCCAUGCUUAUACAAAUAAGAUGUACUAUUCUUUCCUGUUCUUCAGCCUUUAGAAAAACACCCUUUUCCUUGCAAAUUAUAUUAUAAUGUUUUUGACAGAUUUUUUAUCAACUGUGGAAAACUAGCCACAUUGCUAAUAAUCUUUCUUGAAAGCAACCCCACCAUAGUAGACAUAAGACUUAUUGCAGAAAUAUUUUACCAGGAACUUAGAGAAGAAAAUUUGACUGUAUACUUGAACCAGGUACACUUGAAGCAAAAAAGUGAUACCAGCAUAGUUUUUUUUUUAUGAGUUUGCACUUCAUAAAUUUGACAUUUCUGUAAAUAAUCUCAUGAAUAUUUGCUAAAAUUCAGAGAUACAAAAAGUUCGCAGUCUACCUUAUGUUAGACAUGAAAUGUGAACACCUGUUUAGAUAUUGGCAUUAACUAAACCAUGGUAACCUGGGUACAUUAGUGCUCAGAGUUUGGUCUCCAUGUUUCCCAGGAAAAAGAAAAUCACUAACCUUUUUUGAGGAGAAUAUUUAUAAUGUCACAGUUGUCAGUAUUGCAGUUAUCAAUGUAAAGUGCAUUUGAUGCUCAUUAAUUAAAAUGUUCCUGAUUAAUUUUAA